UAUGCUUUAAUUAGCUUCAGAUUUCACUUUUUGGUUAGGAACCUUUAAAUAAGGACAAUAUGUUCAAGAAGUUAUUGGUAUGUUUGCAAAUUGACAAUUAAGGAUCAUUUUCUACUGCAGAAGAUUUUUGGGCAUAUUACUAACAUAUUGUUAGACCAGAAUAAUAACCAGAGGGCAAUUAAAUAUUUUUAUUUAAAAAGAACAUUACACCUGUUUGGGAAGAUCCAUAAAAUAAAUUUGGAGGGAGAUUCAUAUUUAAAGUAAGAAAAAGUCUUGGUAAUUAAAUUCUUGAAGAAUUAUUACUUUCAUUUGUUGGUGCAGACUGUGAUUAUGAUGAAUUUAUAAAUGGCAUUGUUUGUCAUACAAAGAAAGGAUUUAUUUAAAUGGCUUUAUGGGUUAAAGACAUCAAACAUAAUAUGGAUGCUUUUACUACAAUUGAGAAAUGGUUGAAAGAAUCCAUACUCUAAUUAAAAGAAGAUAGAGACAUAGAAUUUGCAUUCCAUCCUCUGACCUGA